UCGAACGUUGAAACAAAAAUGAAGCUAUCUUUGUUUCUUCUCUCAAUACUGUUGGUAUAUAAUUGCUCGGCAUAUGCGAUUGCUGAUCCUGAGGCAGAAGCAGAUCCUGAUCCAGACGCAGCGCCAGAAGCAAAUGCCGCGGCUGACGCUGUAGCGGAUCCCGAUGCCGAAGCAUCAGCGUUAGCGAAAAAAAAGGGUAGUACUACACGCACGGUUUCAGGGGGGAAAAAGCCGGUCAAGCCUCAGUCCGGGAACGGCAUUAAGAAACCAAAUCCUAAUUCAGGCCCCGUUAAGCGUCCUCCUCCGACACGACACAGCCCACCUCGGCCGCAUACUAAGCCGCCUACAAGGCCCACCCGUAAACCGACUACUACUCGCAAGCCACCUACAAGGCCCACCCGUAAAUCUACUACUACUCGCGAGCCACCCACAAGGCCCACCCGUAAAUCUACUACUACUCGCAAGCCGUCCACAAGCACCACCAGUAAACCUACCUCUAACUUCGGCGAACAAUUUGUUGAAAGCUUACAACAUGUGGCUAGUAUAGCUAGCGAUGUUAAAGAUAUUUAUCAAACCGCUCAUACAUCUAGUGCAACAUCUCAACAAAAGCCUGACGAAGAUGAAGAUGAAGACGAAGAAGACGAUGACCAAGACGAAGACGAGGAAAAAAAAGAGAAAAAUGAAGAUUAUUCGGACUAUCCCCAAUAACUCAAUGGUCUGUAAAUCUUCAAUAUUCAAACUUCAUUCAAA